AUGACCAACGGCCGCUACACUAACGGACCUCCUCACUGUUUUAGAGCAGAGAAAAGAGAGAAAGACAAGCUGAGCGCAAAGGAACGAGAGAGGAUUGACCCUCUCUCCCUGGGGCCUCAGACUCUCUCUCUCUGGAGCCUCAGACCCUCUCUCUCUGUGGCCUCAGACCCUCUCUCUCUGGAGCCUCAGACUCUCUCUGGAGCCUCAGACCCUCUCUCUCUAGAGCCUCAGACCCUCUCUCUCUGGAGCCUCAGACCCUCUCUCUCUGGGGCCUCAGACUCUCUCUCUCUGGAGCCUCAGACCCUCUCUCCCUGGGGCCUCAGACUCUCUCUCUCUGGAGCCUCAGACCCUCUCUCUCUGUGGGCCUCAGACCCUCUCUCUCUGGGGCCUCAGACUCUCUCUCUCUCUGGAGCCUCAGACUCUCUCUGGAGCCUCAGACCCUCUCUCUCUGGAGCCUCAGACUCUCUCUGGAGCCUCAGACCCUCUCUCUCUAGAGCCUCAGACUCUCUCUCUCUGGGGCCUCAGACCCUCUCUCUCUGGGGCCUCAGACCCUCUCUCUCUGGAGCCUCAGACCCUCUCUCUCUGGAGCCUCAGACUCUCUCUCUGGAGCCUCAGACCCUCUCUCUCUGGAGCCUCAGACCCUUUCUCUCUGGAGCCUCAGACCUUUUCUCUCUGGAGCCUCAGACCCUCUCUCUGGAGCCUCAGACCCUCUCUCUGGAGCCUCAGACCCUCUCUCUCUGGAGCCUCAGACCCUCUCUCUCUGGAGCCUCAGACCCUCUCUCUCUGGAGCCUCAUAUCCUCUCUCUCUGGGGCCUCAGACCCUCUCUCUCUGGAGCCUCAGACUCUCUCUCUGGAGCCUCAUAUCCUCUCUCUCUGGAGCCUCAGACCCUCUCUCUCUGGAGCCUCAGACCCUUUCUCUCUGGAGCCUCAUAUCCUCUCUCUCUGGAGCCUCAGACUCUCUCUCUGGAGCCUCAGACCCUCUCUCUCUGGAGCCUCAGACCCUUUCUCUCUGGAGCCUCAGACCUUUUCUCUCUGGAGCCUCAGACCCUCUCUCUGGAGCCUCAGACCCUCUCUCUGGAGCCUCAGACCCUCUCUCUCUGGAGCCUCAUAUCCUCUCUCUCUGGGGCCUCAGACCCUCUCUCUCUGGAACCUCAGACCCUAUCUCUCUGGAGCCUCAUAUCCUCUCUCUCUGGGGCCUCAGACCCUCUCUCUCUGGAGCCUCAGACUCUCUCUCUGGAGCCUCAGACCCUCUCUCUCUGGAGCCUCAGACCCUCUCUCUCUGGAGCCUCAGACUCUCUCUCUGGAGCCUCAGACCCUCUCUCUCUGGAGCCUCAGACCCUCUCUCUCUGGAGCCUCAGACCCUCUCUCUCUGGAGCCUCAGACCCUCUCUCUCUGGAGCCUCAGACCCUCUCUCUCUGGAGCCUCAUAUCCUCUCUCUCUGGGGCCUCAGACCCUCUCUCUCUGGAACCUCAGACCCUAUCUCUCUGGAGCCUCAGACUCUCUCUCUGGAGCCUCAGACUCUCUCUCUGGAGCCUCAGACCCUCUCUCUCUGGAGCCUCAGACCCUUUCUCUCUGGAGCCUCAGACCUUUUCUCUCUGGAGCCUCAGACCCUCUCUGGAGCCUCAGCCCUCUGGAGCCUCAGACCCUCUCUCUGGAGCCUCAGACCCUCUCUCUCUGGAGCCUCAGACCCUCUCUCUCUGGAGAGACCCUCUCUCUCUGGAGCCUCAGACCUCUCUCUCUGGAGCCUCAGACUCUCUCUCUGGAGCCUCAUAUCCUCUCUCUCUGGGGCCUCAGACCCUCUCUCUCUGGAACCUCAGACCCUAUCUCUCUGGAGCCUCAGACUCUCUCUCUGGAGCCUCAGACCCUCUCUCUCUGGAGCCUCAGACCCUUUCUCUCUGGAGCCUCAGACCUUUUCUCUCUGGAGCCUCAGACCCUCUCUCUGGAGCCUCAGACCCUUUCUCUCUGGAGCCUCAGACCUUUUCUCUCUGGAGCCUCAGACCCUCUCUCUGGAGCCUCAGACCCUCUCUCUGGAGCCUCAGACCCUCUCUCUCUGGAGCCUCAGACCCUCUCUCUCUGGAGCCUCAGACCCUCUCUCUCUGGAGCCUCAGACCCUCUCUCUCUGGAGCCUCAGACCCUCUCUCUGGAGCCUCAGACCCUCUCUCUCUGGAGCCUCAGACCCUCUCUCUGAGACUCUCUCUGGAGCCUCAGACCUUUCUCUGGAGCCUCAGACCCUCUCUCUGGAGCUCAGACCCUCUCUCUCUGGAGCCUCAGACCUCUCUCUCUGGAGCCUCAGACCCUCUCUCUCUGGAGCCUCAGACCCUCUCUCUCUGGAGCCUCAGACCCUCUCUCUCUGGAGCCUCAGACCCUCUCUCUCUGGAGCUCCUCUACUGUCUCCUUUACCCUCAGACCCUCUCUCUCUCUCACUACUGUCUCCUUUACCCUCAGACCCUCUCCUCUCUCUCUACUGUCUCCUUUACCCUCAGACCCUCUCCUCUCUCUCUACUGUCUCCUUUACCCUCAGACCCUCUCCUCUCUCACUACUGUCUCCUUUACCUUCAGACCCUCUCCUCUCUCUCUACUGUCUCCUUUACCCUCAGACCCUCUCCUCUCUCUCUACUGUCUCCUUUACCCUCAGACCCUCUCCUCUCUCACUACUGUCUCCUUUACCCUCAGACCCUCUCCUCUCUCACUACUGUCUCCUUUACCCUCAGACCCUCUCCUCUCUCUCUACUGUCUCCUUUACCCUCAGACCCUCUCCUCUCUCUCUACUGUCUCCUUUACCCUCAGACCCUCUCCUCUCUCACUACUGUCUCCUUUACCUUCAGACCCUCUCCUCUCUCACUACUGUCUCCUUUACCUUCAGACCCUCUCCUCUCUCACUACUGUCUCCUUUACCUUCAGACCCUCUCCUCUCACUACUGUCUCCUUUACCUUCAGACCCUCUCCUCUCUCUCUACUGUCUCCUUUACCUUCAGAUCCUCUCCUCUCUCUCUACUGUCUCCUUUACCUUCAGACCCUCUCCUCUCUCUACUGUCUCCUUUACCUUCAGACCCUCUCCUCUCUCACUACUGUCUCCUUUACCUUCAGACCCUCUCCUCUCUCUACUGUCUUCUUUACCUUCAGACCCUCUCCUCUCUCUACUGUCUCCUUUACCUUCAGACCCUGUCCUCUCUCUACUGUCUCCUUUACCUUCAGACCCUGUCCUCUCUCUACUGUCUCCUUUACCUUCAGACCCUCUCCUCUCUCUACUGUCUCCUUUACCUUCAGACCCUCUCCUCCCUCUACUGUCUCCUUUACCUUCAGACCCUCUCCUCUCUCACUACUGUCUCCUUUACCUUCAGACCCUCUCCUCUCUCUACUGUCUCCUUUACCUUCAGACCCUCUCCUCCCUCUACUGUCUCCUUUACCUUCAGACUCUCUCCUCUCUCACUACUGUCUCCUUUUCCUUCAGACCCUCUCCUCUCACUACUGUCUCCUUUUCCUUCAGACUCUCUCCUCUCUCACUACUGUCUCCUUUUCCUUCAGACUCUCUCUCUACUGUCUCCUUUACCUUCAGACUCUCUCCUCUCUCACUACUGUCUCCUUUACCUUCAGACUCUCUCACUACUGUCUCCUUUACCUUCAGACCCUCUCCUCUCUCUACUGUCUCCUUUACCUUCAGACCCUCUCCUCUCUCUACUGUCUCCUUUACCUUCAGACCCUCUCCUCUCUCUACUGUCUCCUUUACCUUCAGACCCUCUCCUCUCUCUACUGUCUCCUUUACCUUCAGACCCUCUCCUCUCACAACUGUCUUCUUUACCUUCAGACCCUCUCCUCUCUCACUACUGUCUCCUUUACCCUCAGACCCUCUCCUCUCUCACUACUGUCUCCUUUACCCUCAGACCCUCUCCUCUCACUUCUGUCUUCUUUACCUUCAGACCCUCUCCUCUCUCACUACUGUCUUCUUUACCUUCAGACCCUCUCCUCUCUCUCUACUGUCUCCUUUACCUUCAGACCCUCUCCUCUCUCUACUGUCUCCUUUACCUUCAGACCCUCUCCUCUCUCACUACUGUCUCCUUUACCUUCAGACCCUCUCCUCUCUCUCUACUGUCUCCUUUACCUUCAGACCCUCUCCUCUCUCUACUGUCUCCUUUUCCUUCAGACCCUCUCCUCUCUCACUACUGUCUCCUUUACCUUCAGACUCUCUCCUCUCUCUACUGUCUCCUUUUCCUUCAGACUCUCUCUCUACUGUCUCCUUUACCUUCAGACCCUCUCCUCUCUCUACUGUCUUCUUUACCUUCAGACCCUCUCCUCUCUCUCUACUGUCUCCUUUACCUUCAGACUCUCUCCUCUCUCUACUGUCUCCUUUUCCUUCAGACUCUCUCACUACUGUCUCCUUUACCUUCAGACCCUCUCCUCUCACUUCUGUCUCCUUUACCCUCAGACCCUCUCCUCUCUCACUACUGUCUCCUUUACCCUCAGACCCUCUCCUCUCACUUCUGUCUCCUUUACCCUCAGACCCUCUCCUCUCACACUACUGUCUCCUUUACCUUCAGACCCUCUCCUCUCUCUCUACUGUCUCCUUUACCUUCAGACCCUCUCCUCUCUCUCUACUGUCUCCUUUACCUUCAGACCCUCUCCUCUCUCUCUACUGUCUCCUUUACCUUCAGAUCCUCUCCUCUCUCUACUGUCUCCUUUACCUUCAGACCCUCUCCUCUCUCACUACUGUCUCCUUUACCUUCAGACCCUCUCCUCUCUCUACUGUCUCCUUUACCUUCAGACCCUCUCCUCUCUCACUACUGUCUCCUUUACCUUCAGACCCUCUCCUCCCUCUACUGUCUCCUUUACCUUCAGACCCUCUCCUCUCACUACUGUCUCCUUUACCUUCAGACCCUCUCCUCUCUCUACUGUCUCCUUUUCCUUCAGACUCUCUCCUCUCUCACUACUGUCUUCUUUACCUUCAGAUCCUCUCCUCUCUCACUACUGUCUCCUUUACCCUCAGACCCUCUCCUCUCACUUCUGUCUCCUUUACCCUCAGACCCUCUCCUCUCACUUCUGUCUCCUUUACCCUAG